AAAUGUGAAACAUCACACAUGGUACAAUCGUGUAAAAUGAAUGACAUGUAGUCGUUCUGUUUGACACACUAUAAAUGGAGAAGGUACAUGGUGUUUUAUGAUAUAUCUAUCCUGAAGAAAACUGAUAAAUUGUAAGUUGACAGAAAGGAGCUACCCAGCAGGUGGGAGAGAAGAGACACACUUUGAUGACAAGGUCGAAGGUUAUGGUUGUGACUGAAUUCCUCAGAAAUCAGAGGAACACCGAUCCAAAAGGGAGGAAAACACCCCACCCUACCAGAAAUCAGAGGAACUCCAAUCCAAAAGGAAGGAAAACACCCCACCCUACCAGAAAUCAGAGGAACUCCGAUCCAAAAGGAAGGAAAACACCUCACCCAGAAACCAGAGGAACACCGAUCCAAAAGGAAGGAAAACACCCCACCCUACCUGAAAUCAGAGGAACUCCGAUCCAAAAGGAAGGAAAACACCCCACCCUACCAGAAAUCAGAGGAACUCCGAUCCAAAAGGAAGGAAAACACCCCACCCUACCAGAAAUCAGGAACACCAAUCCAAAAGGAAGGAAAACACCUCACCCAGAAACCAGAGUAACACCGAUCCAAAAGGAAGGAAAACACCCCACCCUACCUGAAAUCAGAGGAACACCGAUCCAAAAGAAAGGAAAACACCUCACCCAGAAACCAGAGGAACACCGAUCCAAAAGGAAGGAAAACACCCCACCCUACCUGAAAUCAGAGGAACACCAAUCCAAAAGGAAGGAAAACACCUCACCCAGAAACCAGAGUAACACCGAUCCAAAAGGGAGGAAAACACCCCACCCUACCAGAAAUUAGAGGAACACUGAUCCAAAAGGGAGGAAAACAGCCCACCCUACCAGAAAUCAGAGGAACACCGAUUCAAAAGGAAGGAAAACACCCCACCCUACCUAAAACAAGAAAUGUUUGUAAAACACAUAUGCCCCCCAUGGUGCAAAAUUGAAAAGGGUUAUAUACACACACAUCAUUUAAUUGAGAGUAGUAUCAUCAAUUCAAAAUAUUGAGCAGACAAUAUCUUCCUAUGUCAAGAGUGGAUUGACCAUGUGACCUAAAACUCAAUAGGGGUCAUCAACUCCUGAAGAUGUACCAGUGUACCAAGUUUGAUGUCUGUCAAGCAAAGGGUUCUCAAGAUAUUGAACGGACAGUAUAUUCCUAUGUCCAAUUUGACCCUGGACUUUUGACCAUGUGACCUUAAAAUAAUUAGUAGUCAUCUUCUCCUGAAGAUGUACCAGUGUACCAAGUUUGAUGUCUGUCAAGCAAAGGGUUCUCAAGAUAUUGAGCGGACAGUAUAUUCCUAUGUACAGUUUAACCCUUGACCACGCGACCUCAAAAUCAAUAGGUGUCAUCUUCUUUUGAAGAUGUACCAGUGUACCAAGUUCCAUGUCUGUCAAGCAAAGGGUUCUCAAGAUAUGGAGCAGACAGUAUAUUCCAAUGUCCAGUUUGACCCUUGACCAUGUGAUCUGAAAAUCAAUAGGGGUCGUCUUCUUCUGAAGACGUACCAGUGUACCACGUUUGAUGUCUGUCAAGCAAAGGGUUCUCAAGAUAUUGAACGGACAGUAUGUUCCUAUGUCCAGUUUGACCCUUGACCUUUAAACAUGUGACCUCAAAAUAAAUAGGGGUAACUUUCUCUUGAAGAUGUACCAGUGUACCAAGUUUGAUGUCUGUCAAGCGAAGGGUUCUCAAAAUAUUGAACGGACAGUAUAUUCCUGUCUAGUGUGACCCUUGACCUCAAAAUCAAUAGUGGUCGUCUUCUCCUGAAGUCGUAUCAGUGUACCAAGUUUGAUGUCUGUCAAGAAAAGGGUUCUCAAGAUACUGAGCAGACAGACCCUUGACCUUUGACCAUGUGACCUCAAAAUCAAUAGGGGUCAUCUUCUCUUGAAGAUGUACCAGUGUAUCAAGUUUGAUGUCUGUCAAGCAAAGGGUUCUCGAGAUAUUUAACGGACAGUAUAUUCCUAUGUCCAGUUUGACCCUUGACCAUGUGACCUCAAAAUCGAUGGGGGUCAUCUUCUUCUGAAGAUGUAUUGGCAUACCAAGUUUGAUGUCUGUCAAGCAAAGGGUUCUCAAGAUAUUGAAUGGUCAGUAUAUUCCUAUGCCCAGUUUGACCCUUGACCAUAUGACCUCAAAAUCAAUAGGGGUCAUCUACUCCUUAGGAUGUACCAGUGUGCCAAGUUUGAUGUCUUUCAAGCAAAGGGUUCUCAAGAUAUUGAGCGGACAUUAUAUUCCUAUGUCCAGAGUAGAUUGACCCUUGACCUUUUGACCUGAAAAACAAUAGGGAUCCUCUUCUACUCAUAACUAACCCACAUAUGAAAUAUCAUUAUCAUCAAGUGAAUGGUUCUCAAGAUAUUGAGCGGACAACACAUGGUCUACAGACCGACCGACAGGUGCAAAACAAUAUGCCCCCUCUUUUUCAAAGGGGGGCAUAAAAAUAUAAUUUUCUGUCACUUUAGAUC